AUGAAUGGUUUGUUUCUACAAUUUUCGUAACGAAAUUUCGGAGUUUUAAAUUAAUUUCCUGCGCAAAAUUGAAAUAGACUCGCUUCAUCGAAUCAAAAUAUUGUAGUUUUUAUUAGUGAUGUCCUCUCAAAUGAGGAAGUGUGUUUUUUUAUUGGUAAAUUCUCGAUGAGUUUUUAGUCCCUCGACACUGAUAAGCAACACCUUGGGCGAACGAGGAACGUAGUACCAUUUAAGUGCCGCGGAACGAUUUUCAGCGAGCCAUGAAAUAUCAAACACGAGCGUGAUUUGAGAAAUCAGACUUUCCAUUUUCCUUUUUUUCGUUUUUUUUUUUUCAAACUAUGUUUAACAACUUUUUGUAACUAUUUGUAUUAUUUGGAGCUUAGUUGGUAGGUGGAGAUAUAUGAAUAGAAUUGAGUUGUUAUUUUGAAAAAAAAAAGUUGAUAUUUUUUUUCACAAAGAAUGUGACUUAUUUUUAUUUCGUAUUUUCCUCAAAACACCGUUUCAGGUGCGAUACACAUUAUACUAAUGUACGAGCAUAGCGUUACAAAUUUGAACCGGUUGACUGAUUUUUUUUGAGAAGAAAAAUGUUCAGGGACGAUGGUGGCAUCGGACGCCUCGGCGCUGCCUUCCACGGCCGCUGCCAACGGCUCCUCGCCUGCAGAACCCGACCAAGACGCCAUCAAGAUGUUCGUCGGCCAGGUGAAUUCUUUUUUGCCGUUCAAAACAAAAUACCACAGACCUUCUUUAUUGCUUUUCUUCCAACCCGCCAUCAAUACUCUGGAUAAUCCUUUAGUGUCAUUUUCGUUUCCUCCUUUUGCCUCGUAAAACCGCUUGAGUUAGUGUUUUUUUGCUUUUUUCAGCUAGAAGAAAAGGGAUUAUUUACGUUUCUUUUUCUUUCUCGGCCAAGUCUCCGCUUUAUUUUUUUCUCUACUUAUAAUUGGUGAAUCUGAGGUUUCUGCAUAUCAGAAUUUUUCCUUUUUUCAUUAUUAACGAUUUUUCAUAUUUGACAGUUGCAAAUUCUCUUCAAAUGAGAGAUUUGUUUUUGAAAGGGUCAUCAGUUUUUCUUUGAUAGUAAAUUGAUUUUUUUUAUAGUAUAAUGGCUUUUUUUCAAAAAAAUCGUUCAAUUUUUUUGAAAGCUUUUUUUGUAUCUGUUUGCUUUUUUCGUAAUAAACCGGAGCUUCUAUAAGAUUACUAAAAAACGUUUUCGAAAGGAAAAUAGAGUUUCCAACAUAGAACCUUUGAACGAAAAUGUGCGCCACAUAGUUCAUGGAAGAAGUUUGAGAACGGGAGAAUUGGAUUCAUUUCGAGGCUCUCAGCUUCUGAAGGAAGACGCGCGCUUUCCUGGCCGCUCAAGCCCACAAUGACAUCCGCCGCCCAACUUAAACAGAUUCUUGUCCCUCAGAUUGGGUUAGCUGUCUUGGCAGCAAAUACUUUAACUCAAUUUGUUUGUGAAGCUGACUUGUAUGCGCGUUCUCCAUGUUUGGAAUGGACUUCCAUGCUGUUUUCCUAAAAAUAUGGAGUUACUAGGAACAACUUUUUUCUUCAUUCUCAGAGUUGAAAGCCGAUAAAAAUAGGCUUUUAUAAAAGUGUGCGAAAGUUCGUGACCCCGAAUUGUUUCUGCUAGAAAUUGCUGACCAACGAAAAAUUCGGGGAGGCCACUGGGAAGGCCGUGGGAAAUAAUGAGGAUUAUUGACAACUUUUGUAGUUCUCACCAUAGAUUAGGCUUUUACUGGAUUCAAAAUUUUCAUAUUAGGAAAAGUUCGAGGAAAGGAUUUCUGUCUGUUUAGUCAAGUCCAUGAUGUCAAACUACUUCUAUAUUUCGUUUGCCUUGAUCUGAAAGGACGGGGUUUUUCGUGGGAAGCAGCUUUUGUUGCUUUACGAACCCGGUUUAGCUAAUUUGCCGCCGUCGCAAGAGCUAAAAACUAUCCCGCGUACCACCAUUUUUUAAAAAUAUUUUCCAAAUCCUUUCUUUUGCUUGAAGACCUCGUUUUUGACAAUUGAUUUCCAGAUUCCCAGAAAUUGGAACGAGCCUGACUGUCGACGACUUUUUGAGACCUACGGUCCCGUCUUCUCUUGUAAUAUUUUGCGGGACAAACAUUCGCAAGCGAGCAAAGGUUCUCGAUGAUUUCUGACCAAAAAUCUGAACUUACUUUGUUCAGGAUGCUGUUUUGUGACGUACUACCAUAGAAAAGACGCCAUAGACGCACAAGGAGCCCUUCACAAUAUAAAAGUGAUUGAAGGAAUGCACCAUCCUGUCCAGAUGAAACCCGCCGACACUGAGAAUCGCAACGGUUUGCAUCUGUUCACAACUCCUUUUGAUACACUUCGAAAUGAUAUUUGAGAAAAAGUUGUAUUUAAGCAAAAGGAGGUUCCUUUCAUUCUUUUCAGUUUACAUGGUAGUUCAGAACCUUCGGAAGUAACCGCUUAUCUGAAAUUAUUUAAUUGACUAGCUUGAGAUCCUGCAAGUCUCAAACAACUUGGUUUUCAAUUUUUUCGAAUAUUUUUUUGUUUUCUUUUCAAAAUCCGUGACAGUUUUCCAGAAAAUUUUGUUACUGUGCAGGUUGAAGCUUUCAGGAUCUUGAUUUAGUCGAUUAAAUAGUUUCUGAGUCAAUUUUCAGAUAAGAAUUUUUUAAGUUUCUCACAGGAAGAAGUUUUCUCUCAAUGUCUCAUGAAGGACUGAAGUUGUUCAGAGAGAAAGUUGUUCAUUGGCCAACUGAGCAAGCGACACACUGAAGAAGACGUGCGCUGUCUCUUCUCCAAGUACGGCCAGAUCGAGGACUGCAGCGUGCUGCGGGACCAGGACGGCAAAAGCCGAGGUGAGUGGCGUGUCUGCCGCCCCCGGGAACUCUUCUCCGUGUUCAUCGUGCUGCAUUCAUUAUUUUGUUCUGUGCGUCAACGGGUCGGAGUCUACAGUCUGUAACCGCCGGAUCACUUGCCAACGCAAUGUUGUCUAUCCGUCUGGGUGUUUUCUUAUUUCGCGUCUCUAAUUUCACCUCUGAUGGAGACGAUUUCGAGUUUCCUUGUGAUGGCUUCAUAUAAGACAAUCGCAUCUCUUAAUAUACUUGAGUUUUAGGCAAGAAUAAGGGUAAAUAACUAUCAAAGAUCCUUAAAUUGCCGUCAAAAAGUAUUUCAGUUCACUUUUUUUUUCUUUUGACGUUACGAAACGUAGAACUCCAAGUUCGUAGAACAGGUUAACUAUUUUGAUAACAGAAAGGGAACGGAUCGCAACUACAACAUAAAAAGAAACCCGUUCUUUAAAUUUUCGUUUGCUGGAUUUUAACCUGUGCAGUCUGUAACAAAUCAGUUAUCAAAACUCCUUCUACGAUACCAGUAGGGCCGCGGACAUUAUCAUAUUAAAAUCCUUUCUAAAGUGCUAGAAAAAGCUUAUGGUAAAGCAGAGUGCAAAAACCUUCAAGGUUGUCAAAUUUUCGACUGAAAUUCGCAUGAUUAGAACAUUUCUCUCAUUUCCUAGCUCCAUCUGAAUAGUGUUAUAAACAGAAUUUGUUAUUUCUGUGUGGAGGCGGACGUCUCGAUGAAAUCUUCAUGGUGUGGUCGUCAAUGUUUCAGGCUGCGCGUUUGUCACCUACACGAACCGAAGCUGUGCCAUGGUCGCCACCAAGGAGAUGCACCACUCGCAGACCAUGGAGGUACUCGGCUAUGUGUCCUUUCAUGUGCUGCACUAGAGCCAAAACUUCUGAAGAACUGUCUUACGAACUGUGUUCUGUGUUUCCGGCUCUGUAGGGGAUUAAGUUUCUUUUGGAUACUUCCAUUUUCUGUCGCUACUUUUGUUUUCAACCAGUCUUUUCAAUCAACCCGUCGAUGUAGGUUGCUAUAGGUGUUUUUCAAAUCUCACUUUAGUGAUUAAUCAAAUGGUUUCAUGAGAGUUCAGCUCAGAGUGGUGAGCUUGUUCACUAGGAAAGAUUUCUCAGCUCUGGGAAAGUGAAACUCACAGAGAAAAAAGUCCGGAAAACCGCUCAGGAAAUACAGCUUGAAUUUCUCAGCUCGGACUAUUUAGCUCUGUGAGCUGAGAUCUAGCGACUGUCCUCGAUGGCUAUUCUCACUGCAGCAAAUUUUUAACUAAUCAGAUUUUUUCACUUCUGAAAUUUACGUGAGAAAUAACUUUUUCUUAACUGAUAAGAAAAUUGCAGAAGGAAAGAUGAAGCCAUUUUAUCGAAAAGAACUGUUUUUUUUUUUCAAAGCUUAGUCCAGAACUGGGAAAUCUCUUAUAGUACAGAGGCUAAGAAUUCUGAAGAGAAUUUUCAUGAACCUAAUUAAAUUCGGCUAUUAAACAUUUUCAUCAUUCAGAUUAAUACAAUUUGAUAUUUUUACAUGGAAAGACACCUUUUCCAAUCGCUUUUAGUUUAAUUGGUCCUGAUGUCUUACCAAAAUUUAUGUUUUCUGGCCAGUGUCGGUACGAAUUUUUAGAAAACUUUAAGGAUUGGCAAAUCGGGCUCACUGAAAGGCUUUUACAGGGUUGCUCUGCACCUCUGGUCGUCAAGUUUGCCGACACGCAAAAGGAUAAGGACGUUAAACAGAAGACGUCUUCAGGAGGCGCGGCUCCAUCGGUUUCACCCGUGGCCAAUGGCCUCGCUGCCCUUGCUGGCCUCAACCCGACGCUGCUCCAACAGGUCUGUUGCCACUUUCUGACCGGGAACAGCCGAAAUAAAAAGGAAGUGAAAAACAAGGCUGAAAAAAUCGAAGUAAGCCUCGAAAUGUUUACAUGGCAAGAAAAAAAACCAGGCAUCGCGUUCCUUGGCGCGAAUAGCCGUGAAGACUUCGUAAGGAUCCCGUCAUCCAAUCGUAUUUUAUAUAUCACAACUAUCAAAUGAAUGAGACUCGAUAAGAUAGGGACCUCAAAGGAUGUUUUAACUGAGUAAUAUUUUUUAAAACUGUUUUCUAGAAGUUCGUAUCUGUUUUGACCAAGAUGUUGGGUAAGUUAAGUUAUAAUUUUUUUGAUUUGUUUUGACUGAAGCAAACAUUUUAAGCAAGAGCAUGUUUUUGGAAAAAAAAAAAUAUUUGAAAAUUGAUUUCAAAAUGUUGAUAUAUGGCUUAUUCAUUUCACAACGGAGGUUGUUUCAGUUGAGCAUGAACGGACAAAACGUACAGGCGCUGGCGUCCCUGCUGACUCUUCUUGGCGGGUCGACGGCACCCCCGACGCCCCAGCCGCAGCAGCCCAACAUGCUCGGCCUUCUCGGCAGCGGUAUGCGUGUUUUUGUUUCCUUUCACGAGUUUUUCUUUCAAUUUGCAUUCUGGUUUGCUGUCAGCCGCUUCCAGACAUUGUUAUCCAUCGAUUCUGUUCACACAAGAAACAAAAAAAGAAAAAUGUAAAAUAUAGUACAUUGAAAACUAAUAUUGCUCGGAGCAAGAGUAGAACCUGCGCUCUGCGCUGUUCAAUGAGUUUGUGCUUCUCAAUUUAUAUAUUUUUUUCAAAAUAAUUGAUAAGAAGUUUACGUGUUAUUCCACUCGAGAGUCCUGUCUAGAAGAUUUCACUGUUUGACAAAUCAGUGUUAAUCCAGCGCACCAGACGAAAUUGUAGUGCUUUCUGCACUGGGGAAACUAACGGAAAACCCCGGCACGGCGAACGCCUCGCCGCCGGAGACGUCGCUGCCGCAGACGCCGCCUGCGACCUCGCGAUCGGCCAACGUUCACUCGGCGACGCAGUUAGGUAAUAGCGAUGUGGCUUCUUCGUGUGGAAUGCCGUCGACGUUGUGUUUGUGAUCUCAUGGGCCUGCGUUUUCUCUUCAUUCAUUUUUCUGCGCGAUUGCAUGGUUUUUCUGUUUUCUUUCUUCCAGGUGCAUUUCGGUUCCAGGUGGGCUGGCUUGUUUUCAACUUCUUAAAUUGGUAUUGAAUGCUUAAUCUUCACUCGGCAACACUUGAAAUUAAAUUUACCUAUGUGCAUGGUGAGGGAAGAGGUUCGCACACCGUUAUAUUUCGAAAAUAAGCGUGUUCGUCCUUUUGAAGGAUGCUUUUCGAGUGAACUUCUUGCGUAAAAUUUCAACAUUUUUUUGCGCUUUUUCUCGGAUGUGAGUGUGAGUUUUGCGUGUAACUUCCUACUAUCAGCUUCUAUCUCUUAAAAAAAAAUUGACAUACUUUGAGUUCAGCAUAGUUUGCGGUCUUUCAUUAUCUUUUAUUUCGAAAGACUUUCUGGAAGCAUUAUUUCAGCCUCCUUGCUGCAGCAUCAGCAAACUCAAGCAGUCCCAAGUCAAGCGUCGACGAUCGACGCGUUGGCUCAACUCCAACAGGCUCAAUUGGCAGCUCAAGCUCAGGCGCAAGCUCAGGUCCAAGCUCAAGUGCAAGCACAAGCACAAGCGCACCAGAACUUGUUAGCUUUUCAGGUACUCAAUGUUAGAAAACUUGAAAUCAAUCCGUCUUGUUCAGGGUUUCGCUGCCCAGCAACAGCAGCAGCAGCAUUCUGUUCAAGCAUCUCAAAACGGUAUGUUUUUGCCUGAUACGACAGUUUUUUUUUGUGAAGAUUUGAACUUUGAAGUUUCGAUACUAAUGUGGUUUGGCUUCGCUUUUUCGGCUAAACUGUCACUUACGAGUUUUGCACAAAUGGCUUUUUCUGUUCCAUUUCACACAUAACAGUUCAAUUAGAGAGUUUCUUUGCUCAAGAGCACCAUGGGGUGUUCCAGGAGACUUCGGAGGACAGACCACGUCGACUCAGGCGAAUUCAAGGCAGUUGGAGGAACAUUUGAAGGCCCAGAAGGAGGAGUCGAACAACGCGAUGUCGUCGUCUCGGACGCCGUUCCUCGACCCGCUGAGUCUGAUGUUGCUCAACAACCAGGCUGCCUGCUACGCUUCCUACAGUCCUUCGGGCGCCGCGUCUUUUGCUCUCAAUCCCCCACCUUUUGGUUCGUAAUUUCCGUUUCUGCAUGGCUCAAACAACGCAUGCGUUUUUUUCCUUUUGAAGUCCGAGAAUUUCGAAAAUAUCCGUUAACUUCAAUUAAUGCUCUCAGUCGUUCGAGUUAAUUGAAGAAAUUGUCUGUAAGCAGGAAACCUUGAACUUAUCUUAGAAAUUUCCAAGAUACCUUAUUGUUUUUUUUACAAGUUUGAUAGCUCGAACUUUUUAAUGAUUACAAGAAUAUUCAGUUGGAAAAGAAAGCAUGUCAAUAUUUUUUGUUCGAAUGAUCUUCACAAGAAAUAGAGCGGAGAAUGUUCGUCAAAUAUGUUUGAUAUACUUAUCGCAUGCUUGUUUCUACUUUUUCUGUUUCAAAAUGUGUACCCACUUUUUCCUGUGACCUGACGCCCUGGUUUGCAUUUUCAGCUCUCGCUGGAGGCCUUGCCGCUGUGAAGACGACGUCACCGGUCGCGGCCAGCCUCGCCUCGGCAUCUCCGGCUGUCGCGUUCUCGUUGGGUGGAGCAGCCGCAAAUCCUCUUCAGUACGACCCCUACCAGACCGCUACAAUCCAGCAGUAUGCAUGUGAGAGCUUCUCCUCUUGCCAUGGCUUCGUCGCCGUCCUUGUUUUGGCUUUCGGCCUUUUAAAAAAAAAUAGUUUUAGAAAAUGCAGAGGUUGCUGAUUAUCGAGUCAUGAGUUUUAUUACGCCGCAAGAAAAAAAGAACUUAAAAGCUCUGCGCUGAGUAUAACUUUCAAGGCGUUUCAUAAUCAUUAGUGAUGGACGUUUUUUUAUUCAUCUCAGCCUUUCAUUUGAUACACUUUGGCGCUAGAGAUGCUUUUUUUCGAUGCAAGAAGUUUUUAACUUUUGACAGAAGGAUUCGAAACAUAAAUGCGUUAACCAGUUAUGAAACAAAUGGCAGACUUAAUUUUACGAAUUUUUGCAGUGUUAGCGAAUUUGCAAGCGACGACUGCAGCUACGGCGGCUGCGGCCGCGGGACCGGCGGCAGUCGGAAAUGGUGACGUCAAAGGUCCCGAUGGCGCGAAUUUGUUCAUCUACCACUUGCCACAGGUGUUCGUGGAUGAUUCAUUCCUUACUCAAUAGAUAGUUUCCAGGAUUUUGGCGAUGCUGAUCUUCUCAGUACUUUCUCGCCGUUUGGAAAUGUUCUGUCGGCGAAGGUUUUUAUUGACAAAGUCACGAAUCUGUCCAAGUGUUUUGGUGCGCUCUCUUCUUUUUUUUUCCAAAUGGCAUGGCUUUCAGGAUUUGUUUCUUACGACAACGCGACGUCGGCGGCGAAUGCGAUUCAAGCGAUGAACGGCUUUCAGAUCGGCACCAAGCGGCUCAAGGUGCAACUGAAAAUUGACCGAGGAAAUCCCUAUCAGAAGGUUAAUUUCCGUUGAUUUUGUGUUUUGUCGUCCCUCUACGUGUUUAUCGUGUCUUUUCUCACAGCUCAUCUUUAUUGGUGCCAGGGAGACUGGUGUUAGCUCUUACUUCCAAGAUAGUGUAGGCAAAGUGUCUUCAUUGCUCUAACAGCACACUCCUUUUACAACUCACUCCAAGUGUUUUCCCAUGGCUGUCCAAGUGAAGUCAAGUUUGUCUCAUUCCGUCUGCCGUUCUCAAAUCUGUGUGCCAAAAAAUUUGAAUUGAUAUUUUCUCAUUAUGAAUGCAUUUCUUGUAGUUAUUUUGUACUUCUGAAGCUUUUUUUUUUUCGGAAUUUCGCAUUUCUCCAGUGUUUGCAGAAAACUUUACGAUUGAAUGUUCCUUAAAAAGGCUUGAGUGAUGUCUCUAAAAAUCUACAAAUUUUCUUAUUCUUUUAAAGUCGUAUGAAGCCCUAAAACCUAUAUGAUUUGACGAUACUUUCGAUCACCUCUUGAUUUUGCCAUUUCUUGCAACAUUUAUUUAAUUUCUUGCCACUUUUUUCGACUUUGUAGGAAAAUUUACAAUUUGUCAAAAAUUUAGAUUUUCAUUAAGGCUUUAUUAGGGUUUAUUCCCGAAAAUCACCCCACUUGUCCUAUGUUGUUAAAAGUCUGCCUGUGUUUCUGUCGCGUGUUUUCUGUGUUUUUUGUUACUCGGAUCAUAAAGCAUUUUAUGUAUAAUUGUUUCGAUUUUCGUUUGUCACGUUUUGUUUUCGUUUUUCAUAUUUUAUAUCUAUUUAUAAAAUGUCUUUUUUCAAAAAAAUGGGCUCAAACAGUUUCAGGCUCACUGA